AAUCACGUGACCCAGGCUCGGCUUUGGAGAGUGCCGGCCGGUUUUCUUUGCACACUCUCUAGUCCAACAAGACAGCAACAAGAAACCGAAUCAUCUCCCCACUAUCACCUCUGCAACCGUCAAAAUGGUGUUCGCAUGGAAAUCCGCUGGUCUUACCUACAACCGCUACCUCGCAGUCGCUGCCCGCGCCGUGCGCCGAAGCUUGAAGGAGGACAAGAGAGUCGCUGCUGAGCGCCGAGGCGAGAUGGACUUGCGAUUCGCAAAGUGGUCGAACGGAAAGCAGGGCGAGGUCAAGAGCUUGGCUGAGGCCAAUGCUGCCAUCACUAAGGAAGCCGCCGCUGGGUCUUCCUAAUGGACAAACCGAUUUAAUAUCCUAGGGGACGGCAUGGCGAGAGUAUUCUGAACGGACAAGGACUACUACUCAAUGGGGUUUCACGAGGGCCGGCAAAGGCGUUGCUUGCUGCCUCAUUGUACAGCUGUAUAAAAUCAAGCACUCAAUAGACUUCGUCGACGGAUUUGUUAACCGGCACUGUGGUAUGCAGCUUCGAGUUUCGAGUUUGUGUUUCGUUGGGAGGCCGUGAUGCCUGUCCACCUCUAGCAGUUGGCGGACGUGCCCUUCGCCCAACAAACCCAUCUGACAUCCAAACCAGCAGCCAAGGUAGAUAUUAGAAAAACAAGCGCAAUGCCACAAACUUGACCUCCAGUGAGAAUUGGCAAAGCACCUGUUCAAGCAAUACCUCUGGCC